AUGACCGACCUACGCGUUCAAAGCCUCCGCAGUCCCAUUGACGUCUCGGAGUAUCUUUUUCGGCGGCUUUAUGAAGUCGGCGUUCGUUCGGUGCAUGGCGUCCCCGGUGACUAUAACUUAGUUGCACUCGACUGUCUUCCAAAGUGUGGUCUAAGAUGGGUUGGCAGUGUUAAUGAGCUUAAUGCUGCAUACGCUACGGAUGGAUAUGCUCGCGUGAAGCAGAUCGGUGCCCUCAUCACCACAUUCGGUGUAGGGGAAUUAUCUGCCAUAAAUGGCGUAGCUGGGGCCUUCUCCGAGCAUAUACCCGUUGUACAUAUUGUCGGAUAUCCGUCGACUCUCUCCCAACGAGAUGGCAUGCUUCUGCAUCACACCCUCGGAAACGGAGACUUCAACGUUUUUGCCAACAUGAGCGCGCAGAUUUCAUGCCAAGUUGCUAAGCUGAACAGUCCAUCGGAAAUUGCAGACCAAAUCGACCAUGUUUUGCGUGAGUGCUGGGUUCAUUCCCGCCCAGUCUACAUCACUCUUCCCACAGACAUGGUCCAGGCCAAGGUCGAGGGGCAUCGACUAUGUAAACCAAUUGAUCUGUCUGAGCCGUGCAAUGAUCCAGAGAAGGAGGAUUAUGUUGUUGAUGUCAUCAUGAAGUACCUCAAUGCUGCCAAGCAUCCACUGCUGCUCAUCGACGCGUGUGCCAUACGCCACCGUGUUCUUGCAGAGGUUCAUGAGCUUGCCGAGAAGUCCAAUCUGCCCAUCUUUGUGACUCCGAUGGGCAAGGGUGCCGUUAAUGAGCAGCACCAUAAUUUUGGCGGUGUCUAUGCCGGAAAUGGCUCUCACCCACCCGAGGUGAAGGACAUGGUGGAAUCAUCCGAUCUCAUUAUAUCUAUCGGUGCGCUUAAGAGUGACUUCAACACGGCCGGUUUCUCUUACAGAACCUCACAACUCAACAGCAUCGAUCUUCACAGUGAUCAUUGUGUUGUCCGGUAUUCCACAUAUCCCGGUGUGAGAAUGAGGGGUGUCUUGCAAAAGAUUGCAAGCCAAAUUGAUCCAAAAAAGCUCAGCGUCCGCGAUACUCCAAGAGUUCGGAACGAGGUCAAGGAAAAUCACGAUACGUCGACGACAAUCACUCAGUCAUGGUUCUGGCCGCGUCUGGGUGAAUUCCUGGCUGACCAGGAUAUCGUUAUUACGGAAACGGGGACCGCAAACUUCGGUAUUUGGGAUACAAAAUUCCCCGUUGGAGUCUCAGCAUUGAGCCAGGUUUUAUGGGGUAGUAUUGGAUGGUCAGUAGGCGCCUGUCAGGGAGCCGCACUUGCUGCCAGAGACAUGGGCGUUGAAAGAAGGACUAUUUUAUUUGUGGGGGAUGGUUCGUUUCAAUUAACCGCUCAGGAGCUCAGCACCAUGAUUCGCCUUGGGCUUAAUCCGAUUAUUUUCGUCAUCUGCAACGAAGGCUUUACCAUUGAACGAUUCAUCCAUGGUAUGGAUGCUACCUACAACGAUAUUGCUAAAUGGGAUAACCAGGGUCUCGUUGAUGUAUUCGGAGGGAGCGGAAAGGCUCGAAAAGUUGCUGUCAGGACAAAGGACGAAUUGAACAAAUUGCUCGUUGAUCCUACUUUUAAGGCGGCGGAGAAAAUGCAGUUUGUCGAAGUACAUAUGCCCAAGAAGGAUGCACCAAGAGCGCUGGUUAUGACGGCCGAGGCCAGUGCCCAGACAAAUGCAAAGAGACAAUAG